AGAGAGAGAGAGUGAGUUAAAGGGAGUGGAGUGCGCGGUUCCUCCGGGCGGCCAUUGCGGGUACCUUGUUGAAAACCGCGAAGACGAUAAAGUGCUUUGUGUAAGACGGAUUAAGAUCCAGAAAAAUCAAGGCUCAUCCUCGUAUCAAGGUGCUCCGUGUGAAGCCCGGUACGCGCACGAAACUCCGGUCCGAUGGCUGAGACCGACAAGUUAAACAUUGAUAGCAUCAUAGGUCGAUUGUUAGAAGUAAGAGGUGCUAGACCAGGAAAAAAUGUACAAUUAUCAGAGGGAGAAAUUCGAGGCCUUUGUCUUAAAUCUCGUGAAAUAUUUUUGUCUCAGCCUAUUUUGCUAGAGCUUGAAGCACCGCUUAAAAUAUGUGGUGAUAUUCAUGGUCAAUAUUAUGACUUAUUGCGAUUGUUCGAAUAUGGUGGAUUUCCACCCGAAAGCAAUUAUCUCUUCUUGGGAGAUUACGUCGACAGAGGAAAACAAUCUUUAGAAACCAUUUGUCUUCUUCUUGCCUAUAAGAUCAAGUACCCAGAAAAUUUUUUCUUACUCAGAGGUAACCAUGAAUGCGCUUCUAUCAACAGGAUAUAUGGGUUUUAUGACGAGUGUAAACGCCGAUAUAACAUCAAGUUAUGGAAAACCUUUACGGAUUGUUUUAAUUGUUUACCUGUUGCGGCUAUUGUGGAUGAGAAAAUAUUUUGUUGUCAUGGAGGAUUGAGUCCAGAUCUUCAAAGCAUGGAACAGAUUAGACGUAUCAUGCGACCUACAGAUGUACCAGAUCAAGGGCUUCUUUGCGAUUUACUAUGGUCCGAUCCAGAUAAAGAUACCAUGGGUUGGGGUGAAAAUGAUCGUGGCGUCUCUUUUACGUUUGGCGCCGAAAUCGUUGCGAAAUUUUUACAUAAACACGAUUUUGAUCUGAUAUGCCGUGCGCAUCAAGUAGUAGAAGAUGGCUAUGAAUUUUUUGCUAAACGACAAUUGGUAACUUUAUUUUCUGCUCCAAAUUACUGUGGGGAAUUUGAUAAUGCUGGUGCCAUGAUGUCAGUAGACGAGACUCUAAUGUGUAGUUUCCAAAUUUUAAAACCAGCGGAUAAAAGGAAAUUUACUUAUGGCGGUCUAAACGCAGGAAGACCAGUAACUCCUCCACGAGGUGCAAAUAACAAAAAUAAAAAGAAGUGAAAUUAUUAGAAUGAUUUUUGGACGCAAAAGACUUAGGAUCUUAUGUAUUGUUCCCCACAUCCGUUUUUUUUUUUUUUGACAUUGCGAAUUCUUAUAAAUAAGAGUUGCUAUUAAUUCAUUGCAGAGCAUACGAAGUUCAUUUAAAAGAAAAGAAAAAAAAGCAAUGACUACUUAAAAAGAUGGCAGAUAUUAUCCGGAGAGGCGUUGUUCGUUAUUUGCGAGAUUUUCAAAAUGAAAAUAAUUCAGUUGUGGCAAGGUAGAAUUUAUCGGUUGGAAAUUGAUUUCUAUUUGUACGUAUACGCGGUCGAUUUAAUUAUGAAGUAAUAAGAAAAUAUAAAUAUAUAUAUAUAUAUUAUAAGAAAAGGCACGAGUCAUCGAGAAAGGAAAUGAAAAGAAAGAAAAGAAAAGAAAAGGAGAAAAAACACCAAAAGCGUAAAAACACUGGAAAUAAAAGGACAAAAACCGGAUUAAAAUAACGUAGAUCGUAGAAUAAUAAUAGCUAUCACUCGUUCGAUAAAAUGAUCUCUGAACUAUAAUAUUUAUCACUCUCUUGCAGCUUUUAUAUAGUUCUGUCUAACAGAAGUGAAAUUAUAUAUAUAUAUAUAUAUAUGUAACAUUAUUUUGUUCCGCUUAAAUUUGUUCCCUAUAUAUAAUGUAACGCGAUACGACCAACAAAAUAUCCGGAAUCUUGAUUGUAACGAUAUAAUAAUAUACGAUCUGUAAGCGCGAUAAUGUAUUAUUAGCGACUGCCUAUGAUCGUUAAUUAUCGACUGUAAUACGUCCGUACGAACCUUGUACAAAGUAAUGUUAUCAUAAUCGAAGCUCAACGUUUCUCUGAUAAAAAAAAAAAAAAAAAAAAGAAAAAACAA